AUGGCAGCGGCUGCAAUAGUUAUCACCUUGUUUUUGUUUUUGCCUUUGUCCAAGUUAGAAAAUACCGAUGAUUACCUGUCGUCUGUUUUGCAAUCAAUUGAAAAAGUGGUUAAGUUUUAUCAGAAAGAUUAUAGAAAGUUGAACGUAGAUGGACUGUUCGGAUUACGGGUGGUGGAAGGUCACAUGUCAGCAGUUCUAUCAUGCUAUGAUGCUGGAAAGUUGGCCCAUCUCUCCACGGCCAGAGUUCAGCUGCUCAAAAAACUUAAGUACAUGGCUGCAACCACUAGCGAGCUAGCCAUAGAACACGUGAAGAAAAAGGGAGAAAACUACUUCAGGCAGAUGGACUUUGUUGUCCGCAGUCCGUGGGAUAACUUUGACCCAGUCCACAGAAAGGUCAACCUGACUUUGAAGUGGACAUCUGUAGAGUACAAAAUGGCCAAAACAGAAGUGGUAAUGGACGAGGAGAAGAGUGACAAAUGUAUGACGGAGCUGAUGGGUUCCCACGUGACACAUGGCAAGUCAUGUGACAUCAGUAACGACUGUGCAUUCGUGAUGACUGCCCCGGGAUUGGUCGGUUACGGUAUUACUCACCAGAUACUGUGGACAAUGCUUGCUGAAAAGGCUGGUUGCCAUGACAAACUGGAGUCAGUGUUAAAGGAAGUUGGACGGGGGAACUUGCAGCACCUGCGGGAGGAGAUGUGCACCAACAACUAUGUACAACUCAAGGAAACGCUUGACAAGUUCCCAAACAGGCAGGUCAUACCCUCCGUACAGGACCUCUUCCUUGAACAAUUGUUUGUAUGCCCGAGUCUCGGCUACUUCCAGUUCCUUGACCUUAGUUACCUGGAACAGAUCAUCUCCUGGCAACACCCAAAUGGUUGCUAUGGUAAAAUGAAGCGACUUGCAAAGAACCUUAAACUGGACAAAUCUUUGGAAGAUUUGAUGGGAAACUUUGAUGAUGAUUAUGUGGAAAGUCAGGAUGAUUACCCGCACAUGGACGAAUUAGAACAACAAAAUAUUGAUCCUAAGGGUUGGGCAAGGGGUCAAGGAGGGGCAGUGAGGGGGAUGGGGCUUAAACCAGGAUUGGAGACAGGGGAUAAGGCGGUCAUCCCGGGUCUUAAACCAGGGGUUCGUGUAGCAGAGUGGUACAAGGCCAGGAACAAAGGGAGAAAACUGCUGGUCGAGGCAACAAUGACUGGUGACUGCCUGGCCCACAAAACGGCAGUAGCAAGCGGAGCUCUUGCCCUCUACCUUCGCUACCUGGUGGAAAAGGACACUGAAUCCACAUUCUCUAAAAAGCGCCAGCAAAGGUCAGCUAAUCAUAGUGCUAAGAAGGUGGAGGUGCAAGACACAAUUGCUGAUAAAACCAACGCAACAACUGCACAGCAACUUGUACCAUUCACUGGCAAUCCACGGCACUUUGUUAAAAUGGCUGGAAACAGUUCUAUCAAGCAUGCUCAGGGCAAUGUUAAAUUGGUGGAUGGUAAAGUUGGGUUGAAGGAUCUUAAUGAAGCUUUACGCAGUGGUGGUGUUGGUGAUAGUAAAAUUGUUGCUAAUAAUGUAAAUAAUAUACCAAAUAAUGUUAUAAAACCUAUAGAUGAUGUUCAGAAUGAUGGUUAUGAGAAUGAUGAUAAUAAUCAUCUUGCCAUAAAUAAUAAUAAUAACGAAGUUGAUGAUGAUGCAGAUAAUGAUGAGAAUGUUAAUGAGGAUGGUAAAGAUUAUGAGGGUAAUGAGGAUAAAGAUUAUGAGAAUUUAAAAAGAAACGGUGUAAAUUAUCAGUAUGAUAAAGAUGAAGAUGAUGAUAUAAACAAUUUUAAUCUAAAUGAUGUUAAGGUAGAUAACAGUGACGGAGAUGACAAUAAUGAUAAUAUUGGUGAUGAUGGUAAUGAUGAUUAUGAUGCCAAUGAUGAUGACAAUGAUGUUGAUGAUUAUAAUGAUGGUUAUGAUGAUAAUGAUCAGGAAAAUGUACAUCCACAUAUUCAUGCUAGAAAUAUUGGUAGGGAAGGCGCAAAAGGUCAAGAGUAUGAUGAGGAGGAGGUUGAUAAACAUAAACACGAUGACAACCAUGCUCUCCAUGAAGUGAAAGAUGAUGACGAUGAUGAACAAGAUGAUGGCUACGAGUAUGACGAUGAUAAUGAAGAAAUGGAGAGACGUAGACAAGAGGAACUUAAGGAGGAUUUUUUACCCGCUAAGCCCCGCCCCCCUCUUUCUGGUGGGGCCAAAGGGGUCAGUCAUGGUGGUAGCGAUCUCAUUCUUCAUACGCAAGAGAACAUGUCGUAUUCGUCAGUGAUGGUUAUCUCGGCAGUGUGUUUUUUGUGUGUUUUAUUACCGUAUAAGAUUUUAAGAAAGCGCCGAUUAAGACUGAAAGUUGGUCAUAAGUAUUUUCAUGUUUAGAUGUAAUCAUGAAGAUUUAAAAGACUGUGAUUUUUACAUGUACUUUUCCUCUUGUUAUUUAAUAAUUUACCAAACAUAAUGGAUGCCUAAAUGUAAUUGUAUAAGGUUUUCAAGUGAUUUGAUUGGAUAAUCCAUUAAGGUUUUAAAGUGAUUUGAUUGGAUAAUCCAUUAAGGUUUUCAAAUGAUUUAAUUGGAUUAUCCAUUAUGGUUUUAAAGUGGUUUGAUUGGAUAUCCAACUGUGCGCCAUUGUUAACUCCUUUCAUUGGUCAGGUAAAUAAGCUAUUGACAUUUGGCGCCUUGUUUAUUGUUACAAGAUUUUACUAUUUAACCUUUUCAUAUUUUCUACCCUUUGAACAGCCAUUUGUUUUGCAAUAAAUAAUUGUUUACUUCAUAAAAUAUAAGACACAAUGCUUAUUUUAAGUGCAUUUUAUCAGAAUUUUUUUUAAGAAAAUUCAUGGUACCUUUUGUUGCUAUUCUUCUGCUGUACUAAUGUACAUGUGCUUUAAUGUUUUUUCCAUAUUUUUAUUAACAGCAAUUCAUCAUAGUAUUAAAACAUUAAGAUAUCAUUUUAAUAUUUAUAAAGUACCAAAAAAGAAACAAUCCUAACUAUGUUAAUUAUAGGGAGAUUGAUUAAUUUUGCUAGACCUAACAAGAACAGUUUUAUUAAGAUAAAAUCCUUCAUGCCAGUGCAAAUGUUGAACACUGUCAUCAAAUGCUUUGGCAGAAUUUACUUGGCAUAUGGGUGGUCCAAAUAAGCUAGCGUUUGGUUGGCAGAAUUUAUGUGACAUUUGGAUGACAGAAUUUAUCUGGCCUUCAGAUGACAGAAUUUAUCUGGCCUUCAGAUGACAGAAUUUAUCUGGCCUUCGGAUGACAGAAUUUACCUGACAUUUUGAUGGCAGAAUUUACCGGACAUUUGGACUGAAAGAUUUUCAUAUAUAUUUUAAUCCUGAAGAAAUACAUUUUGAACAAUAAGGUACUGUGAUUUUUGAGGUGUUCUCCUUGUCUUCUUGCCAUUUUACGAGGAAUAAGAUUUGUGUUUUGUGUGCCACAUUUAUUUAACUUUGAACCAGAUAUGUCUCUGAUAUGUCUCUGCUUUUGCAUGCCAUAUAUUUCUUUUUCCAUGCAUGUAUAUAUGCUUUUACAUACUUUUAACGCAUUUUUGAUAGUUGUUUUUGGAUUCAACCCUGUUGAUAUAUUUUAUCGUAAUUAGUAUUUUUUGUAAUGUAUGUUCUACCCUCUGCACAAAAUGAUUUUCCAAGCACAGACCAUUUUUGAAGAACCAAAUUCAUAGGCUUGGAUAAAUGUCUAGGUCCAAAUGGUUUUGUAACACUUAUACUUAAUGCAUUUUUAAGCAAUUUUGUAUCCUAUAACAUUGCAGUGCUUAUGUUAAAAAUCAUUCCUAGAAUUUUUAAUGAACAGCCCUCAGAGCAUCAUGAUGCCACGGAAAGACUUUUCUAAAAUUUUGCAAACUGUGGUAUUUUAUAAAGUCUUCACAUGUACAUGGUCCCAUUUGUCCACCAUACACCUUUGUAGUUAAUGGUGCUUCACUUGUACAGUUUAACAUCACCAUUUUUAUAUGUACACCCAUGUGUUGUUUAUUUUAACCAAUUUUAUUUCUGCUGCUGUUGGUGAGUUUUUUUUAUGUAAAUACUUUUACCUAAUAAGAUACAUGAUUGUGUGAGCACAUGCCUUGGAAAACUUGACAGAAAAGAGAAAUGUUACAUUGGGAUAAUUGUUCUGGCCCCGAUUUCUUGAAACUUCUUAAGUCCCUUAUAACAGGAUUAAGCUAAGCUCACUAUUUUUGGUAUUCAAUAAAUUGCAUAAUAUUAACUUCUUUAAGAGUUUAUAUACUUGAGAUAGGAAUUAUCAUUAUAAUAAUUACAAUAAACCAUUUUUCCUUUAUCAAAAUUCAAUUUAAGUAUGUAUUUUGUCUUAUUGAAAUAAGCUACUUAAGCCUGCUAAGCUUAAGAAGUUUCAAGAAAUUGGGGCCUGUACUUUGUUAAAGUUAACAAAGUUGUUAACACCAUAGUUGUUAACUUUCAGUUUUUUACUACUUUGGAAGUAUAUUGCCACACUAGUGAUUGGGGUUUAUUUACUUCUUUUAUAUUAUGAGACAACUGGGUCAGCUGUGAUUCUUUUAUUUAAAAAUAUCAGUACAUCAUAAACUAUUUCAUAUUUUUAAGUUAUAAUUGCUGUUAACAACAUAAUUAACUUCAACAAAGUUAUGAACAAUCAGCCCAAUAUAAUUAUCAACAUUGAAGUGGUUUUAUGUAAGUGCUGUGUUUUUUUUUUUUAUUGUUUUUUUUUAUCCAAGUUGUGUGUUUAAAACUAGUGAUAAUGAUUAUCACACUUUUUACAUUUUCAUAUAUGGCGAAAGAUGAGAAAACCUUUCAUUAAGGUAAAAAUAGGAUGACAACGGUUUAAUAUUUAAGACUACUACAAAAAAUUUAAUAAAAGAAGUAUGAAUUUUCAUGCACAAAGUUGAAAUAUCAUGGAAUCUACAAUCACUCAAAAUUUCAGCCUGCCAUUAGCUUUGACAUGUAUUUUUCAUGCUCUCUUUAUCUGAUAUUGUUUUAAGAUUAGUCUGCGUCAACCUUAAAAUAUGUCAUUUUUUUGUGUCCUAUGAAAGGCUAUGCCCCUUUAAUAUUUCACAUCAAACAGAAAUCCUAACAUGUCUCAAGCAUAAUCAGAUGUUGAAUUAUCCAUGAAUAUUAUAUCUUGCAUAAAUGUUUCCCUUCUUUGUAUAUAUAAAUUUGAUCGGUUCAUAUAUCAGUGUAUUUUAAUAAAAAUCCUGUGUUAUGUCGUCAGCCGUCCAUAUCAUGUUGUUGGCUGGUCCGGACCUCGCCAAAAACAUAAUAUAGCACUGACGUCAUUAUUAUAUGGACCCCUGACGUCCUAAAACUGGUGAGUGCUGCUUGCAAUUUUCACAACAGCGAAAAAUUGGCACAAGUUUUACAUGAUUUGCUUUGUUCAAUAAAACGCAUCAAAAGAGCUUUAAAACUAUUGAAUGGUAAUAUGAAUGUCUGGUAUAAUAUAAGAAAUAUAACACAGUGGCAUUAUAUGGACCAGCCAGUCAGCCCGCAAAAGUGAAUGGAUCUCGGACCAUAUACACCUUCAGGGGCUGACUGGCCGAUCCUUAAAAUGUCAUAUGACCCUAAGUGGUGUGUAGUAUAAUUUUUUUAAAUAUUAUUUCUGACCUUUGUUUUCUGUGAUACUGUAUUAUGGUAAUUUUGGACACAAAUUCAGGUUACUUUAAGGGCAUUGAUUGUUGAAAAUGAACUUUGGCAUGCAGAGCUGAGCCAGUAUUCAUAAAACAUAUAAAGUCAUUUCUUAACUUAAGUUGAUUUUUUAAAAUAGUAUUUUUACAUAAAAAUAUUUAAUAUUCAAAAGAAACAAUGAAAAUGAAGUAUUUCAGAUAGAAUUAAAUUUAAUUUAUCAAAAAUUAUGACCAGUGAGAUGCUUAACUUCCGAAAAUGACUUCAAGCUGCAACUCUCACAGAUUUACCAUUUUUACAACUUUUUUAUAUUUUGUCUUGGAAAGGGCAAAUUUUUGCAUAAAUAUCUGCAAACCAAUGAUAUAAGAUUGCUGACAAAAACUCAGAUCGUAGAUUUUCAUAUUUCAGUUCGAAAAUUAAUGUUUAAUGGCGGUUUAAGAAAAAAUGCAUGAAACAUCAAUUUUUAACAUAAAUAUACAAAUCUGCGAUUUAGUUUUUUGUCAGCAGUCUUAUAUAACUGGUUUCCAUGGAUUAUGGCAAAAAUUGGCUUGUUCCAAGACAAAAAAUAAAAAAAGUUGUCAAAACGUUCAAUCUGUGAGAGUGCAGCUUUAAGGAAAUGACUAAAGAUAUUAGGUCUUCCUGGGUAAAUUUGACUGAUCUUGAAUUGUAUUGUCAUUUAGUUUCCUAAGUAAAACUAAAAAAAGAAUAGCAGGGCCCAUGAUGUCACAUAUUUUUAAAUUCCAAUGUACCUUUACCAGUACGGUAAUCUACACCUCAUUUUAUUAAUAACAUAUUCGAUGUGAUUAUUCAACCCAAAACUGGUAAUUUAAAUAUUUGCAAAAAGACUCAUUUCUGUAUGUUGCGUCUCAAUUGGUAUAGGUUUGUUGUUGUUGUUUGUCAGUUAAAAAUAUUUAAAUGUGUAUUGUAGAUUUUAGGCUUAAAAUAUAUAUAUGUUAAACUUCAUUUUUAUAACCAUUAUACUUAUGCGUUUGCUAUUUAUAUCUGGUUUUGAGUGAAGAGUGCGUGAAUAUUUAAGAGUGCUUUGUAAGAAUGCGUUGUUUGUCGAGGUAUUUGUGCUAUCAUAACUACAAUACUGCCAUAUUUUUUCUUAUAUUUUGUAAAUGUGCCAUGAUACAAUAUUUGAUACAAUAUUUUAAAGAACCAAAAGCCAUAUUUAUUUUUAAAAAAAAUUAACAGUGCCCUUUUGUUUAAAUGAAAGGCAAUGUAACCUAAUUAUUUAAAUUAGUUAUUUAGGAAACCUGAGACACUUUAUAAACUGCAAUUUUUACAUACGACUAGCCCUUGUUGAGGUUAAAUUGACAUUCAUAUUGUUUAACGUGCAAGGAGUUAUGAUGAUAUUGUUUAUUUUAAUAUUUGAUUAGUUUAAACUCAUUUAUUUUACAACGAAUGUGUAAGAAGUUAUUACAACAUUAUAAUAAAUAACUCAAGUUGGCAUGAUUUUAUGCGAGAGUGUGGUCUCAUGUUGUUUGGGAAACCGGAAUACCUGGAGGAAACCCUCUUGUCCGGCUUCGUGACCACAAAUCAAACUCACCAUGCACUUUCAUUGGAUAAACACAAUGUCAUUUAACCAAUGAUAUGCUGUGUUACAAAUUUCAGCUAUUCUUUUUUACUAAGUUAUUUUGUCAGUAACAUGUCAUAACAGAACAAAUACUUCAUUUCUGAAGAAACUACCAAUUUCUAAUUGUAAACAAAAAUUAUUUAAAAUGUAAACAUAAGUAUUGAUUGAAUUUUUUUCUUGCAUUUGUGCUGUAUGUACGCAGUAGGGCAAAUGAGUAAAUAACCAAACUAGAGCGCUUCAUGGAAUUUCGCUCACAUGCCCUACUGCCUUCGUACAGCAUCAGUCAUAUACAUAACUAAAGAAAUUUCAGGAAAAACAACUAAGAUCAUUUUUUAGAAUUUUUUUUUUUUCUAAAUAUCAUUAAGGCAACAUAAUAUAUCUUUUCGUUUCUCAUCUCUCUUUAAAAGCCUGGCCUCAACAUCUUUCCAGCUGACAAAAAUUUGGCCUUGUAAAAUAGGUUUAAGAUCUGGAAAAUGGCGCUGAAAUUUACCCCAUGCUCUUUGUCUAUUCCUAAUAAGGAUAUUUUCUCUACAUCAUUAUAGGGUUGCAAUAUUCUGAGUGAUAAAGUAAAUAAUAUAUGCACUGUCCCUAACUAUGUUUUUGAAAUGCAACUGCUAAGAUUGUUUUUUUUUCUGGUCUAUUAAAGUAUUACUUAAAUUAUUAAUGUUUUUUUUCUAAUUAUCGGUAAUACUUUUGUGUACAUUGUAGUUUACUCUGUAUGUUUUUGUGUUGUUUUUUUGUGUGUUUUUUGUUUGUUUUUAAAUUUGGUUUUAUAUUUAUAUGGUUUUAUAUUUUUGAAUGUUUUAUAACCUUUUAAUAUGUGUUUCCUUUGUUUAUGAAUUACAAUGUUUAUGAAUUACAAUAGUUCAGACUUUUUCCAACAAAAGGUUCUUUUUGAAGAACAAUGAGCACCUUUUUUUAAAAUUUAAAUAACAUAUUUGAGGUCACAUUGUUUUGAAAUGUUCAAUUUUGGCAGUAUCAGUCAGACAUGUUGAUUUUUUAAAAUUUGUUGAUAUGAUUGGGCCUAAAAAAAAAAAAAUUGGUUCAGGGUACCCGACGCUACCUAUGAAUAGACACCAACCUAGAGUUUUUAUGGUCUGUUAUAAAAAAGAAUUUGUGUUUUUAUACGUAUGGUAGUUUAAAACCUUUAAACUUUUACACAGACAAUUACUUUAACACCAUUUCCCAAUUAUGACAAUAACAUUCUUAUAUAAAGCCAUAUUAAAAAAGAAUAAGCCUUCCUUGACCCUUCCUGUUUUUGAAAAGGAUGUAACCCUUACCAAACCUUUUUUUUGUUUUGGCCUUAUAUCCAAAAAUAUGUUUUCACCAUCAGUGACUGAUACUGGCAUCUAGGGUUUCAAUUCAGUUCAAUUAAUGGUUUAAGCAUGCAAUGACAACUCCUUCAAGUUUGAAUGUUUUUAUUAUAAAUGAUGUUAAACUUAGAAUACUUUUAAAAAGGGGGUGUUGUGUAGGGUAUAUCAAUGUAUAUUUUAUUUGUUUGUAUAAAUAUAGUUUAUACCGGUAUCUUUCAUAAAUGAGGAUACAAAUCUCUUUCAAAUGUUAAUUGUCCUGUCAAUUCGUUUAUCACGAUAUUAAUAAGAACAUUACUUAAAUUGCAUUGUUGGAGUCAGAAUGCCGAGGUUGUAGUUGAAAUAAUUAAAGAACAAAGAGGCAAUGGAAUAAAAUAUAAUAUAAUAGGACCAAGAUUUGAGCUUGUGAAAUAAAUUCGGACAGAAAUCUAAGUAAGUAAAACAAAUUUGAACUGAUUUUUAGCUCCACUGGCCGAAGGCCAUGGAGCUUAUGUCGUCACAGAUUGUCCGUCGUGAGUGCAUGCGUGCGUGCGUGCGUGCGUGCGUAAACUUUUACUUUAAACGACAUCUCCUCUGAAACUGAUAAGCGGAUUUUGACAAAACUUCACAGGAAUGUUCCUUUGGUGGUCCUUUACCAAAAUUGCUCAAAUGGUUCCGGUCCAUUGCACAAUAUGGCCGCCAGAGCUAAAAAUAGCAAAAUCUUUAAACGACAUCUCCUCUGAAACGGUUCGGCAGAUUUUGAUGAAACUUGACAGCGAUGUUCCUUGGGUGGUCCUUUAUUAAAAUUGCUCAAAUGGUUCUGGUCCAUUGCACAAUAUGGCCGCCACAGCUAAAAAUAGCAAAAUCUUUAAACGACAUCUCCUCUGAAACGGAUAGGCAGAUUUUGAUGAAACUUUACAGAAUUGUUCCUUGGGUGGUCCUUAACCAAAAUUGCUCAAAUGGUUCCGGUCCGCUGCACAACAUGGCUGCCAGGGCAAAAAAAUAGAAAAACCUUUAAAGAACAUCUUCUCAGAAACCGAUGAUCAGAUUUUGAUGAAACUUAACAGAAAUGUUCCUUGGAUGGUCCUUUAUCAAAUUUGCUUCAAUGGUUUCGGUCCACUGCACAAGAUGGCCCCCAGAGGUAAAAAUAGAAAAACCUUUAAACGACUUCUCCUCAGAAACCGAUGAUCGUAUUGCAAUGAAACUUGACAGAAAUGUUACUUGGGUAGUCAUUAACCAAAAUUUGUUAAAUGGUUCCAGUCCACUGCACACCAUGGCUGCCAGAGCUAAAAAAUUAAAAAAAACUUUAUACGACUUGUCGUCAAAACCGAUGAACUUUUUUCGAUAAAACUUGACAGAAAUGUUUGUUUGGUGCUCCUUUACUCAAAUUGCCCAAAUCAUUUCGGUCCACUGCACAACAUGGCAGCCAGAGCUAUUAAAGUAAUUUUUUUUUUUAAAUAACUUCUCCUCAAAAAUUGAUGAUUGUAUUUCUAUGAAACUUGACGAAAAUGUUCGUUAGGUGGUCUUUGCUUGAACCUUUUGGCCAGUGGAGCACAGGCACUGAUGUGCCUCUUGUUGAGUUUGUGAAAUAAAUUUGGACAGAUAUUAGAGCUUGAGAAAUAAAUUUGGGCUGAGAUUUGAGCUUGUGAAAUCAAUUUGGACAGAAAUUUGAGUAAGUAAAACAAAUUUGAACUGAGAUUUGAGCUUGUGAAAAAAAUGGACAGAUAUUUAAGGAAGUGAAAUAAAUUUGAACAGAGAUUUGAGCUUGUGAAUGAAAUUUUGAUAGAUAUUUGAGCUUGUGAACUUAAUUUGUACAGAGUUUGAGUAAAAAAGAAUAAUCUAGGUGGGAUUUGAGUCAGUGAAAUAAUUUGGUACAGAGAUCUGUAUAAGUGAAACAAAUUUGGACAAAGAUCAAAAUAAUUUAAAUAAAUUAGAACAGUUGUUAUCUGAGUAAGUUAGAUAAAUUAAAACAGAGAUCUGAGCGAUUGAAAUGAAUUAGGACACAAAAGUCUGAGUAAGCCAAUAAAUAAUUUGGGAUGGAGAUCAACUUUUGAUUUAAGAAAAAACAUGUUAAAAAGGUUAAAUUAUAACUUACAAGUGUUUAUACAGAGAAUGUGUCAUAUGUUUGUAGGCCAGUUGCUAUUGAUGUAAGUGCUCCGUUUAUUUGUUGUCCCCUUUGAUAUUUAAAACAUUGUUAACUUACAUUUGUAUGAUGUUCCUUUUAAUAAAGAUCUGAUGAUUAUGUUUAAAAACAUUAUGUUAUGAUGUACAUGAUCAUUUUCAUUGCUUGUACAAGUUUUCAUUUUUGGAAUGGUUUAUUUCAGAAUAAAAUGCUAUGUAAAUA